AUGCCAAUUGCUGUCACAACUGGGACGGGUGCCGAUGGUAUCGCAGCUCCAGGAAGCUCAGGGAUCAAGGUCCUUGUCAUUGGCUGUGGGUUUGGGGGAAUAGCAGCGGCUAUAGAAUGUUACCACAAAGGUCAUGAAGUAGUUGUAUUCGAGAAGAACUCGGAAAUAGGAGGACUGGGGGAUACUCUAGGAAUCUCGCAAAAUGGCACUCUCCCGAUCUAUAAAUGGGACAAUGGAAUGGUUCAGCAGAAAGCCGCUGAAAUCUGUUGCAACUACGCAACGCACAAGAUCCAUACCAGCAAGGGAGAACUGCUGUUGAGUCACCCGAUGAAGGGCUAUUCUGCCGGAUCAGGGUACACGGGGCGACGGGGCGAUCUGUUGUUAUGCAUGUUUGAAUAUUUUCAAAAGCUCGAGAUUGAGUUGCAUCUGAAUGCCAACGUCAAGGAGUUUUUUGAGACAGAUGACUCUGCUGGAGUUAUCGUUAACAGCCAGCGGUGGGAAGCGGACGCGGUGAUCUGUGCAGAUGGCGUUCAUUCUGCAGGGCGUCAUUAUGUGCUGGGUAAGGAAGAUCUUCCACGCCCUAGUGGGUAUGCCAUCUAUCGAGCCUGGUUUGUUCCAGAGCCGUCGCUACGUGAAAACCCAGCAACGUCUUGGAUUCCGCUUCCCGGUGGCGAGGACACGGUGAUGAACUUCAUUGGUCCCAAUGUGCACACUCUUAUUGCAACAGUCAAGCGCAAUACGGGCAUUACUUGGGUGCUGACACAUCCUGAUGAGUAUGAUAUCGAGGAAUCAUGGACCCACCCUGCCAAGCUUGAGGAUGCUCUCAAGGUGGUGGAAGGUUGGGAUCCAAGAAUAGCGGAGGUUUACAAAAUCACACCCCCCGAUCAGUUGUUCGAUCACAAGAUUAUCUACCGAGAUCCUCUUCCAACCUGGGUCUCUUCCAAAGGCCGUAUAAUUUUGAUAGGCGACGCCGCGCAUUCAUACGUUCCUACCUCUGCUCAAGGAGCAACUCAAGCUGUUGAGGAUGCCGCCACAAUCGCGAUCAUGUUGGAGCUCGCUGGGAAAUCGCAGGUUCCACUCGCUUUGCGUACUAUGGAGAAAAUGAGAUAUGAACGUUGCAAGAUUGGGCAGUUGAUGGGUCUAGAAACCCGGGAUAUUUGGGUUAAAACAGAUUGGGAAGCAGUGAGAAAAGACCCGCAGCUUCUUGCGCAACCUAGACCUAAUUGGCUCCUCAACCAUGACCCCCAAGCUUACGCAUAUGAAGAGUUCGAAACUGCAGCUAAUUCAGUUCUUACUGGGUGCGCGUAUACGCCAAGGAACAUACCGUACGAAGGUUCCAACCACCGUGCAACGGAUUUCGAGGACGAGAAAUGGGGUAAUAGGCACAAGGAAAGUGCAGAUGUUGGCGUCAAGGUAUGA